AUGUCCAACGGCACCUCUCUACACUCCUUCGCCAUGGGCGGAGACGGGGGACCGGCCGGCCGCGGCGCCAAACAACCCCUACCCCAUAUAGACGACCUCACCUCCGCCUCCCCCGAUGUCGACAUGAAGCUACCCUUGCGCAAGAUCCUCGAGAGGGGCGACAAUGCCAUGCGACAAGCCGAGACCUUCCGCGACUUUGGCAGACCAGAUCUCGCCUUCAAGGAGUACCUGAAGGCCUCCUUAAUUGCCAUUCGAUAUGUGCCUCAACACCCCGAUGCCCUGGCCGUGAGGGGCGGCCAAGGAGACAUGAGCCGCAUCUACUCUGCCCUCAUGAAGAAGAUAGAGUCCCAGCAUACAGCCUUUGAAAAGAUCAAGGCCGACAUCAUCGCCGAUAACCAAAGAACGGGCGCCCGCCCGACCACCUCGAGACCAUCCUCCAUCGUCAACGGCCAAGCGAACCGACCCAUGUCACCCCAGGGCCAACCGGGCGCACCGGUGAUGAGUCCCACGAGAGCCGAGGCCGGUACACAGGUCAAUGGCUCGCCGAAGCCGAAACCUGCAGUCCAGCCAAAGCCCCAAUCUUUACAUGGCAAUGUGAUACGUUCGGGGGCUGGCACACCGACCCUCAAGAGCAAGGCCGCCGAGGAUCUGGCAGCCCGCUUCGCCAAUCUUAGAGGACCGGUAGCUUUGCCUGGCCAAGAUCCCCGCAUACGAACACAUCCCCUCGUUCCGGCGAGACCAGCAGGACCGAGGGCGAUGCCCGAACCGACCGAGAAACCAAAGGUGGCAGUUGUGACAAGCCUGCCAGACCUGCCAAAGAUGCCGGACGCCAUCUACAGCCCGGCCAGAGGAACCGUGUCUAAUGAAGCGGCCUCCUUGCCCUCAAGUACACCCCGCGGCCUGUUCAGCAGAACGGGCUCCUCGGCCGCGAUCAAUACCGUCCUUGCCAACAACAAAUCGUCUGAUUACCUCGCUCAGCCCCAGCCUCAGCCUAAUGCCGCUCCUGCUCCAAUUCACCGUCCCAGCAUCACGAUCCCCGAGGGCGACACCAUCACUGCCGAGGACCUAAUGAGUUUUAUAAGAAGGGGCUCCGCAACACUUCAAGUUCUAAUCAUUGACGUCCGCAGCCGCGACGAUUUCGACGAGGGCCACAUUCUGUCACAAGCCGUCAUCUGCAUUGAACCCAAUAUUUUACUUAGAGAGAACAUAUCUUCAGAGCAGAUCGCCGAAAGCAUGGUACUCUCACCCGCGCAGGAAUACCACCACUUCGAGAGGAGGGACGCUUUCGACCUGGUGGUUUUCCAUGACCAGGACUCAGAUGCUAUCCCACGAUACAUUUCUCCUGACAUGGACGCAGCCGCACUGUUGUCACUCCAGCGCGCAUUAACGUACUUCAAUUACGGAAAGGAAUUGAAGAAUCCCCCCAAGUUGCUCCAGGGAGGCCUGGAUGCGUGGACAGAUCUAAUGGGAAGGGCUGCUUUGGCCACGUCCCAGACAGCUGGUGCUGCUAGGGCCCCUAGGAUUCGGUCUCCUUUGAAGCCCUCCAUCUCCAUCUCAAAGCCAGCCAGGCAAUACAAAGUCACGCCUUUGAAGCCUGAAGAGGUCAAGCUUUGGGAGGAAACGCUUCACAAUGCAGAUCUCGAGACUGCGCGCUCUCCUGGGUUCAUGCAUGUGCGCAGCACCGAAGAGUUUCUGCGCAGAUUCCCAGCUGUCUCAGCUGAGCAGGAAUCCAUGCAGUCACCCAUCAGUCCUGAAAAGCUCACGUACAACAACUAUCAAAACCACGCCGAUAUCUACUCUGAGCUUCCGUCACCACCUACGCGGCCAGCUCCAGCCGUUCCUCGUCCCAGCUACAGUGGUCUUUCGCAAACGCAGGAUGACCAUGAGGCUCAAGGCUUGGCCUUCCCAGCGCAAGCUCGAAACCUCAAGCAGGGCCCAUUGGCCCGGCCCGACUCUCCAUCUGUCGGCGCAGUCAAGGAUGGCCAUCACAUCACAGGUCUCAACAACCCCGGUGUCUGGUGUUACGCCAACAGCUCCAUCCAAGCCCUGCGGAUGUCGCCUGGUUUUGGCAAGGAGCUGGCCACGUUUGAAUGGCAAAACACGUACAAGGUCCCGAAGAAGCCCGAUGAGAAGAGCGAUCCCCCUCAGCUCAUGUCGCGCAUCCUAUCCAACCUGUUCCACUGGAUGGACUCCGGCAAGUUUGCCACCAUGAAGGCCCAGACACUGAUGGACUACUCUCGAUCGGUCUGUGAAAAGAGCCGGCUCAAGGACAAGGGUGAUGAGUUUGGUGGUGGCCGACAGCAGGAUGCUCAAGAGUUCAUGUCCUGGCUGAUGGCCUACCUUCACGAUGAGACAAACAUGCGGAGAGAUCGGGUAGGCGACGAGAACGCAGCAUACCCUCAGAUGAAGGUUGGCAAGUCGAUGCUUCAGGGUGCGUACGAGUGGUGGGGUCACUACCUGAAAACAAACUCGUCCAUCGUUGACAGGUACUGGCGUGGCUUGGAACUCUCGACCGUGGUGUGUUCAAGAUGCAACAACCGCACUUACAGCUUUGCGACAUUCGACUUCAUCUCGGUGCCCAUCAACAGCAACACACAAACGAUUGAGGACUGCCUGAAGUCAUACCUCGAGCCGGAGUUUAUUGACGAUUACAAGUGUGAUACUUGCAACAUGAACGUACGGGGCCAAAAGCAAAUCGCGCUCGCCCGUCUGCCGGAGCUGCUGUGCGUGUGCUUCCGACGCUUCGACUACGACAACACCGGCCAGGUGCAGAAGAAGCGGGACAUGAUCACAUGGGACUUUGAAAACCUGAACCUCGACCAGUUCUUCAUCCCGCCCGAGGAACGCAACACCGUCGGGCCGCCGCUUGACGAAAAGUUCGAGCUGCCCUUCGACUACGAAUGCUAUGCCGUCAUCAUCCAUACCGGCACCAACAUCACCAGCGGUCACUACUACUCCUACGUCCGCGAACCCCAGAACCCCGACCCACACGUUUGGCACCGCAUCAACGACGCCCGCGUGACCCCGAUCCGCAUCGACGGCACGGGCCGCGGGGGCGACGCCAGUCGCGAAGUGUUCAAGAAGAGCACCUCCGACGUGCCGUACCUCGUCUUCUUCCGCAGAAAGCAAGGUCGAUCCUCGAGACGUUGA